AUGGAAAACGAAGCAGAUAGCGGCAGUUGGUCUGAGAUGCUCCUGUGGCAGAUUCUUCAGAACCCGGUGGAUGUGAUUGUUUCAGAGCGCCUCAUAACAGGCACGAACACCGAUGCCGCCUACUUGGCCGAGUUCUUCAAGACCAACAAGGUGAAAACAGCCGUGGUCGGGGUGCCUUGCGGCAUCGAGGGCAGCAUGGUGAACGAGUUUGUAGAGGCGUCCCUUGGCUUUGAUUCCUGCGCGAAAGCCAUGUCUCAGCUGGUGGGCAACACGGCCAUCGACGGCUCCAGUGCACGGAAGUACUACUAUUUCCUGAAGCUCAUGGACGGCUCCACCACGGGAGGCAAGGUGCCGUCUUCCCAUGUGGCCUUGGAAGUUGCUCUGGAGACCAAGCCUAACUUGCUUCUGCUCACUGAGGAGGUGGAUGACCACCGCACGUCGCUCAGGGAGCUCGUCAGCGACAUCGCUGAUGUCGUUGCUGACCGUGCAAAAGCGGGCAAAAACUUCGGAACGGUCCUCGUGGCGGAGGGCUUGCUG